AUGGUGACCGGAGGAUUGCUGCUUGGCCGCUCAUUUCCGCUGCUACUAAUCCACAGCAACAAGACGGUGAAGCUCACUCAUGGCUAUGGCCACUGCGCCUCUUACUCUUUUCUCGACGAGAGCGACAGUCCUUGUAGGCGGCAGAACAGCGCGGCAAGGUUUUCAGCGAAAACGUUGACGAACGAGGAAGCGCCGGACGUCCGGCGACUGGCUCAAACCGCUCGAAUUUCGCUCACUGAACAAGAGGUGGAGGAUUUCGGCCCCAAAAUCCAACAAGUGAUUGAAUGGUUUGGGCAACUUCAAGGUGUGGAUCUUAAUCAGGUGGAUCUUGGGAUCCGAGCAGCUACAGCAGCAGAUGCUGAAGAAGGAGUGAACUUGCGAGAUGAUGUUCCUGUAACAUUUCCUAAAAUGGAUGCCAUCAUCGAAGGCCUUCCAAGCUAUGACGAGCCUUACGUUCGAGUUCCUAAAGUCUUGCACAAGGAGGAUUGA